AUGACUUCGUCAUUUCUCCCGCGACCGCUGCUGCACGUCCAUGCGCUUCUUAUAUGCCUCGAUCUCCUCGAAAACUCACGGGUCCUGGCGCAGUCGGGUGAUGGUGGGGGUGCUCAGGGCGUGGAACCGGGUGAUAUUGGCUCCGGCCCUGGUACUUCCACAGAAGACGCUGGGGCUGCAGGACCAGACACUGGGUCUGUGAAUUUGAGUCGUGGGGCGACCAUCGCAAUCGCUGUGGUUGUGAGCAUCGUGGUCGUCCUUGGUGUCACAAUGACCGUUCUGUUUUUCCUGGCAAAGAAGAGACAGUGGAAGAUCAAGGAGAGCAUCCGACGGUCAGCGAGGAAGGUCACAAGCGCUGUCAAGGCCGUAGCCACGCCAAUUACGCCCAAGAAAAUGACCUUCUCUCCGGUCGAGAAGAGACGGCGAAUGGAGGAUACAUUGAAGAAUGCGAACAACCAAUUGCUCCAAUCGAAACCGAAUAUGACCAAUGGCAAGGACGCAACAGGUGGAAGCCGGUCCUCGUCAACGGGUAGUGGUCGUGACCUUGAAAAGGGACUGCCAGAUGGUGCCGUCAGGGUCGAACCCACAGGGGACAACGGCUCGGUGAAGGCCAAAAGCAAAAAGAAGGACAGAAAACGCCCGAGACCUCCCAGUGUAACCAUUCCGUCUUCGGCUUUUGAGAUGGACAGCCCCAAGACACCCAUGUGGAAGAGGGUGUUUGGACGGUAG